AUGGCAAGCAGCAAUCUCAAGUUCGUCCUAUCUUAUCCGGACCAUGGGGACUUCCCUUUCGCCCUUUUGUCCGUUUUCCGCGUCCAGCUUGUCCUCCUCUUCCUCCUUCCUCUCGCCGUUUACCUCACUCAUACCAUUCGCAAAGACUACCAUGCCUUUCUUGCCCUUGGGCCUGGCGGCACACCCUCGACUCCUGCAGGAUACCUUCGAAUCUGCAUCCUCCGCCUCGUAUCUCUCCGCAACCCUCUAGAACCCCCGCUAGUCCCGCCAACACUCAACCCAAAACAUGGCUUCUUGUCCCGGGCCAUCCUGCCGCUUCGAUCGGGGCCCCGUCCUACAGUCGUGGGAAUCGCACCGCAGCGCCAGAUAACCCAAAAGUCCGGUCCACCCAUGUACGACGCCCUUUCAGCAGAAAUCCGGCGCCUCACCAACUCCCACCCAAACACACUCUUCACCGCAACCUCGUGCUUUGAGAAACACAGCACAGGUAUCUUCUACCGCUUCCCGACUUCCACUGCUUGCCCGAAUCCCGGCACCACCAGAGCUGGGGAGCAGCAGCAGCAUAACCGCCGUCCCCAGCUACAAUCCCACAAACACCGCAUAACCUGCAACGGCGAAGUCUGUCAUUCCCAUCCCAGUGACGGAAGCCUACACCUCACUCUGCACCCGGCUGACGUGGAGCUUGUUAUUGAGCGCGGUUGGGGGCAGAGACACCCGCUAGCAAGGGAUGAUUGGUGGUGGGUGACUAGGUUCGUGCCAGCGGGAUUCGUUAUGAUCUAUGCGCCGCGGGACGCGGACGAGUUAAAGUGUGUUGUUGAGAUUAUACGGGCUGCGGCAUGGUGGGUCGGUGGGAAGGAGCUGCGAUGA